AUGACCGACCCACAGCACGUCGCAAAGGAGCAGGAGGCUCAGGAAGCACGCUUCGAGGACUUCAUCAAGAAUCCUCGAGCAUACGCCAAUCCUCCGGCACCUCCUCCCGCUCCUCCAGCAACUCGUCGCAUUGAGUUCAUCGGUCGCGAUGGCCAGGAUGGUACUGAGCUGGACUUGAGAGCGAGACUCGGGCCUCUUCGAGGAUACUAUCCUGGUGGAAAUGACGCGGAGGAAGCUGUCCCGAUGCAGGACCUGCCGGACUCUUUCUUGUCGGAGGAGCAGCGCGCUGCCAGAGAGGCCAUUCCCGCCCCACCGCCCCAGCAGCCAGCCAUGAGGCCCCAACCCACGCCUCUCCUCUACACCUACAUCAGCGCCGCCUCCCUCCGGCCGCCACCUUCCACGCAACCGAUGGCCAACAUGCCCCUCUACGCCAUCAUGCACGACCCGGGAUCAGACAUCCGGAACCGCCCUCCCGCCAACGUGCAGCCGCCCAUCAACAUGGAGCUCGGCCUGGUGGAAAUCUGCACCUUCAUGCCCGACUGGCUCCUCGUCCCCGAGCUCCUCGUCCGCCUGAUGCGCAACGGCGCCGACGCAACCAUGCUGGCUAAGAUCGAGCUGAGCGCGACUAACCAGCUCAGCUCCACCAACCUCAACCGGCGACGUCACAGCAUCGCGGAGCGCAUGGGCAAGCAUGGCAAAGGGAGGUUCGACAUCCCAUGUAACCAGGUCUGGGACUUCGCCUACGCCCAGAAUGCCGGCCCAGAGAACGAUCUCACGGUCAGCAGCUGGACGAACCCGACGGGUGAAGCUUGGGGCUCGUGGAAGCUGGUGAGCAUGUACAGCCAGGUGCCAAGGGAGAACUGGCCAAAGGGCGAGGAUCGGAUGCUGUUCACGCAGUGUAUGGAGUUUGCGGCUGCCUUUCCAGCAAAGGAUCUAGACACCUCGCAUAUCCCGUGGAUUGUGCAGACCCUGCGCCUGCAGCAACCAGCAGCGCCUGUCCAGCGCAAUCGGGAUCAGGCGGCAGUGGCGAGGUUCAGUAUCCCGGAUCCAAGCGAGUAG